AAAAAAAAAACAAGCAUGUCAUUCUUCAAUUUUCGGAAGAUUUUCAAGUUGGGGCCCGACAAAAAGAAGAAGCAGUACGAACACGUCCACAGAGAUGUGAAUCCAGAGGACAUAUGGGAUAUCAUCGGGGAGCUGGGAGAUGGAGCGUUUGGGAAAGUCUACAAGGCCCAGAAUAAACAGAAUGGGACUCUCGCAGCUGCUAAGGUUAUUGACACAAAGACAGAAGAUGAACUGGAAGACUACAUGGUUGAGAUUGACAUUUUGGCCUCAUGCAACCACCAUCACAUUGUGAAGCUGCUGGAUGCCUUCUAUUUUGAAGGCAAACUUUGGAUUCUUAUAGAAUUCUGUGCUGGUGGUGCAGUGGAUGCCAUCAUGCUGGAACUGGAGAGACCCCUGACUGAGCCCCAGAUCCGAGUGGUGUGCAAGCAAACUUUGGAUGCUUUGAUUUACCUCCACGAGAACAAGGUCAUCCACAGAGAUUUGAAAGCUGGAAACAUUCUUCUCUCCUUGGAGGGGGAUGUCAAAUUAGCUGACUUUGGGGUGUCUGCUAAAAAUACCAUGACGAUACAGCGACGAGAUUCUUUCAUUGGCACUCCAUAUUGGAUGGCUCCUGAGGUGGUGAUGUGCGAAACUUCCAAAGACCGUCCGUACGACUACAAAGCCGACAUCUGGUCCCUCGGGGUGACCCUCAUAGAGUUGGCACAGAUUGAACCACCAAACCACGAGAUGAAUCCUAUGAGAGUGCUGCUGAAAAUAGCCAAGUCUGAGCCACCCACUCUCAUGCAUCCCUCGCGCUGGUCUCCAGAAUUCAAAGAUUUUUUACGGAAGGCACUUGACAAAAAUGUGGACAACAGGUGGAGCGCAGCACAGCUUCUACGGCACCCUUUUGUUACCAGUGUGACUGACAGCAAACCUCUCAGAGAGCUCAUAGCCGAGGCCAAAGCUGAAGUCACAGAGGAGAUCGAGGACAGCAAGGAAGAAGAAGAUGAGGAAGAGCCAGAUACUCCUGUGGUGGCUCCUGGGCACAAGCGUGCACCGUCAGAUGUCAGCGUGGCCAGCUCAGAAGAUGACAAAGUCCCGCCAACCUCCUCCACACUUGAAUCUGUUUCUGAAAAGAUGGAAGCUGAGCCCGUUGAGGACCAGAUUAGCAAUAAAGUGCCCGAUGAGGGGCCUGGAACAAGCCCAGCAGUUAAGGGUGUGGAGGAAAAAGUCAAUGAGGUGUUGGAUGACAGCCCUGAUGGCCUGGCUUCUGGACUAAUGGAAACCAGUAAGGACCUUGCUUCAGAAAACCUUACCAAGCCCAAAGCAGAUGAGGACCAAACUGAAAAUGUUUCCGGAGAGACUGUAGCAUCAGAGGCAGAAGAACCUGUAGAUUCCUCUGAUCAAAUUGUCACAGGUCAGGACACAGAGGAGGAAAGUGAAGUGGGAGAUGAAGUUACCAAAGUAGUAGAGGAAGAAAACCAGUCAGAGCACGUGAAACAAGAUGAAGAAGUAUGUGCAGAAGAGGUUAUAAACUCACAAGAUCAAAAUGAAGAUAUACCAGAAACCGUUGAGCUUCCGUCAAAAGAUGUUCCACAGGUAGAGGAAAGCAGCGAAUCGUCAGAGAUGUCGAAACACAAAGAAACAGUGGAAAAAAUAGAGGACAUGGCAAAUGGCAUGGAUGAAAAAAUAGAUGCAGAGAAAUUAGAAUUAGGUGAAACGGUCACGAAUGGAACCUCAGACACAAAGUCCAAUGUGGAUGAGUCCCCUGCCGAGGUUCUGUUAGAAAACAUAACGGUAGACAAUCAGUCUGAGAAAACACCAAAGGAUGAAACCUCUGAAGAGCCAAAGCAGCCCCAACAAGAACGUCAGUCCAUGGAAGAUGUUGAAAUGCAAGAACAAACACCAGCUGAGCCUGAUCAAGUUAAAGACACAGCAGAGGGUUCAGAACAAGUGGUCACAGCAAAUGAUGUCACCUUAAAGGAAGAUCGGGAGAAAGCAGCUCCCGCCGAUGAGAGCAUUUCCCAAGAUGCCAUCUCCGUCCAAGAGAGUGAAACCGACUCUGAAACUAAAACAGAGCAUGGAAGCCCUGCUGUGGUCAAGUCGGAUAUAGAGAAGGACUCUGACUCUGGGAGCAGCUCUGCUGCUGAUAGCAACAGCCUUGACCUCAAUUUGUCCAUCUCUAGCUUCCUGUCCAAAAGCAAAGAGGGGGGCUCUGUCUCCGUGCAGGAGGCCAAAGGUCAGAAGAAGACUCUGAAGAAGACGCGCAAGUUCAUGGUGGAUGGGGUGGAGGUCAGCGUGACCACAUCAAAGAUAGUGACAGACAACGAAAUCAAGAAUGAGGAGAUGAGGUUUCUGAGGCGUCAGGAGCUGAGAGAGCUGCGCCUCCUUCAGAAAGAGGAGCAAAGGGCCCAGCAGCAGCUGAGCAACAAGCUGCAGCAGCAGAAAGAGCAGAUCUACCGGCGCUUUGAACAGGAAACUGCUGCAAAGAAGCGUCAAUACGACCAAGAAGUGGAGAAUCUUGAGAAAAAGCAGAAACAGACCAUUGAGCGACUGGAACAGGAUCACACCAGUCGACUCAGAGACGAAGCCAAACGGAUCAAAGCAGAUCAAGACAAGGAGCUGUCCAAGUUCCAGAACAUGCUGAAGAACAGGAAGAAAGAGGCAGUGGCCCAGGUUAUGAUACAGUCUUUUCAGUUAUCCUCAUGCGCACUCUUCAACGCUCAGAUGCAGGAUGAGCAGGAGUUCCUACAGAAGCAGCAGCAGGAGCUGGACGGAGCUCUAAAGAAAAUCAUCCAGCAGCAUAAACUGGAGAUAGCCACCAUUGAGAGAGACUGCCUCAACCACAAACAGCAGCUAAUGAGAGCUCGGGAGGCCGCCAUGUGGGAGUUGGAGGAGCGGCACCUGCAGGAGAAGCACCAGCUGCUAAAGCAGCAGCUGAAGGAUCAGUACUUCAUGCAGAGGCACCAACUGCUAAAGAGACACGACAAAGAGAUGGAGCAGAUGCAGCGCUACAAUCAGCGUCUGAUUGAGGAGCUGAAGAACAAGCAGACUCAGGAGAGGGUCCGCCUGCCCAAGAUCCAACGCAGCGAUGCCAAGACCCGCAUGGCCAUGUUCAAGAAGAGCCUCCGCAUCACCGCCACGGCCUCUGUCACCGCCGAGCAGGAGCGCGAGCGGAUAAAGCAGUUCGCUGCACAGGAGGAGAAGAGGCAGAAGAAUGAGAGGCUCCAUCAGCACCAGAAGCACGAAAACCAGAUGAGAGACCUACAGCUGCAGUGUGACUCAAACAUCAGGGAGCUGCAGCAGCUACAGAAUGAGAAGUGCCACCUUUUAAUUGAACACGAAACCCAGAAGCUGAAGGAGCUGGAUGAGGAACACAUCGGGGAAAUAAAGGAGUGGAGAGAGAAGCUCAGACCCAGGAAGAAGGCGUUGGAGGAGGAGUUCACGCGAAAGCUCCAAGAGCAGGAGGUCUUCUUCAAGAUGAGCGGUGAAUCUGAAUGCCUUAACCCCACCACUCAGAGCAGAGUGUCCAAAUUCUAUCCAAUCCCAAACCUGCACAACUCUGGUUUAUAG